UCGUAUAUUAUAUUAGCCUAAUUGUUUGUUGUUAUUUUGUCCAGUUUCAACUCGUAUUUUAUACAACCAGUGCAACAUACAGCUAUUCAAAAUGGCGGAGAAGGAAGUGUGUAGUAUUUGUUUGAACGAUUUUCAACAACGCGUGGUACUCGAUUGUAAACACCCCUUUUGUUUUAUCUGUUUAGAAGAUUAUGUGAACAAAACCUCCACUAAAGAUCAGUUCCAAUGUCCAUUAUGCCGUAGCUUUAUAAAUCUUAGUGACGGAGGUCUGGAUCGAUUUAAACCUAAACCAAUUAAUAUUCCUCAAUGUGAUGUAUGUACGGAAGAUACAUGUCAAUAUUUCUGUCGAGACUGUGAUCAAUAUUUAUGUAAAUCAUGUAAAACCACGCAUGAUAAGAUGAAAAUUUGUAAAGACCACGUUGUGUCUCGAUAUGAUGAAACACAGGUCUAUCAAGCGCCUACUUCACACGAAACAAUAAAGGAAAAAGCUUCGGCUUCGUCUAUCCCAAAUCCUAAAGAUUUCUGUCUGCGCCAUGAAAAGGAGCCCGUAAAAGUAUACUGUAAAGAUUGUACUGUAGCCGUUUGUUUGAAAUGUUUCUUGGUCGAUCAUAAUGGACACAAUUAUUUAGAUUUACAGGAGGAUGAAGUCAGACAAAGUAUCAGACACGACUUACAAUCACUGAAUGAUGAAUUAAAAAAACAAAUCACUAAUUUUCAGAAACAUUAUGAUAAUUUAAAUAGCAAAUUAACUGAAGUCAAAAACUGCACAAAAACUGAAUGUGACAAAGUAGAUGCACAAGUUGAGAAAAUCUGCUCAGAAUUUCAUAAAAUCGGAGAAAAUAUUAAAAAGGAAAUGCAAGAAACUAGUGAAGAGGAAGAAUACAAAUUCAGGAAAUUAAUGGAGGACAUUAAAAGACUAACAGAAGAUUUAAAAGCAAGUGUUAAAUAUUCAGUGAAUGUUUUAGAAGAUUCAUCCGUUGUUCAAGUUUUACAAAGAAUACCUAAAGUUAGACAGGAAAAAGAUGAAAGUUGUUGUAGAAAAUUGGAUAUACCUGAUGUAAGAUAUUCAACAUUUCAAGUAGCAGAGAUAGAUAAAACUUUGUUAACUAAUCAACUUGGUAAAAUUGUAAGUUGUCAUCAGAAUAUGUUUGAAGAUGUUUUUAAUGUGGAUACUGUGCCAGGUUAUGGUGGUUGGUAUUAUGGUAAACAACAUGUAGUUUCAGGUUUUACAUGGAGUAUCUAUGUGUGUAAACUAUCAUCAUUACUUGUUGGAUUAUACCUGAAUGACGUAGAAGAUAAAAGUAUUACGUCAUGUAAAGUUGACGUCACAUAUAAAGUUAUAAAUAAAACAGAUGAUAGACAAUCUGUAGUUAAACAAUGUAAUAGGACUGUUGUACCUGGUGGUGGUUAUACUUAUGUUUCUGAUCUUAUUGACUGGGAGAGAUUCAGUAAUCCUGGCAGUGGAUUUAUUAAUGGUCAUAGAAAAUUUACAAUUCAAGUAACAAUUAAUGACAUAACUGACAUUAAAAGACGUUAAUAAUUAGACUACUGUUAUGGCUGAAUUAUUGUUAAAUAAUGUUUUGUUUACGGUGUAAGGGAGAUAACAUUAUUUCUAUCCGAUAUGGAAUAAAUUAUGGUCAAUCGCUGGAAGAAGUAGCUGAUAGUUUUUUUUUC